AUGGCUCCUUCUAUUCCCACCAUCAAGCUCAACGAUGGCAACGAGAUCCCCACGAUCGCCUAUGGCCUCGGAACAGCUCGGUACAAGAGCACGGCUGGGCCUCUCGACGAUGCCAUCGUCCAGGUGACCAAGACGGCCAUAGAGCUUGGAUACACUCACCUCGAUGGCGCUGAGCUGUACGGGAACGAGGAGGAGCAGGGUGAGGCCGUCAGGGCCAGCGGCGUGCCCCGGGAGAAGCUCUACAUCGUAACCAAGCACGAGGGCAAGAAGGACAGGACCCUCACCGAAUCCUUCAACGAGUCCCUCAAGAAGCUGGGCGUCGACUACGUGGACCUGUACCUUCUCCACUCGCCCUUUGCUGCCGGCAGCGACGAGCAGAACCAGAAGUGGUGGGCCGAGGCCGAGGCCCUCAAGGAGGCUGGCCGGGCCAAGUCCAUCGGCGUGUCCAACUUCCUGGUUGAGCACCUGGAAUCGCUCCUCAAGACGGCCAAGGUCGUCCCCGCCGUCAACCAGAUCGAGUACCACCCUUACCUGCAGCACGACGGGCUCAUCGACUACCACCGCAAGCACGGCAUCGCCACUUCUGUCUACUCGCCCCUGACCCCCCUCACCUCGUCCAGGGGCGGACCCGUAGAUGGCAUCCUGACCGAGCUGGCAGACAAGUACAACGUCACCGAAUCCGAUGUUGGCCUGAGGUGGGUCCUCGACCAAGGGCUUAUCGUCAUCACUACGAGCGCCAAGCGCGAGAGGCUGCAGGGCUACCUAGAUAAGCUGCCCACCUUCAAGCUGACUGACAAGGAGAUUGCUGAAAUUUCCGAGCUCGGCAAGCAGAGACAUUACCGUGUCUGGUGGACUCACAUCUUCGCCGCCGAUGACAGGCGCUAA